CUCUUAAAUUUCCUCAUCAGAAACAUUACUUCCUCUUGUUCUGAACCAUCUCUGGUAUAUAUAGCACAUAUUUGAGGGCAAGCCUUGUGACCGGAGAAAGGUCACGGGUUUGAGUUUAAUACAGGAUUUUGCAGUAGGCAUAUACUUGUAUGGUAUAGAGAAAUGGAAGACUACAUUACAAAGACAAUUAUUAUUGGAGUUAUUUCAUGGACAACAACUUUUCUCUUAGCAAGGAGAACCUUUCCCAAACGCUCUUUUGAUUUUUGUAACCGUGUUGUCUCUACAAUCCACGCAACUUUAGCAGUAACAUUGGCUACGCUUUCUGUUGAAGAUUGGAAGUGUCCAAUUUGUCCUUUGGCUGCAAAGUCUUCCCAUAGACAGGUACUAGAUUUACUGCAUGCACUUUCUAUUGGUAUAAAUUGUGAUGUUUUAAUUAAUUAUUUAGAUUUGGCAUUAAAAGUGGAAUGUUUGAACUCUGAGCAGAUGCAAGUUCUUGCAGUGAGCCUUUCUUAUCUCAUUUAUGAUUUAGUAUGUUGUUUCUUUGGUGAAAGAGUUAAUCUGGACAACAUCAUCCACCAUUUUGUAAGCAUUGUUGGACUUGGAGCAGGUCUUUGCUAUCAAAAGUGUGGGUCAGAGAUGGUAGGGGCAAUAUGGGUAACAGAGAUGUCAAGCCCAUUCUUGCAUAUGAGAGAGCUUCUAAAGGAGCUUGGUUACAGGGAUACCCUCCUUAAUUUGACUGCGGAUAUUCUAUUUGCUGCCAUAUUUAUAUUUGCUAGGAUGUUGGUCGGACCGUGCAUCACUUACCUAACUUUAUCCGCUAACAAUCCACUUCUCAUAAAGGCUAUGGGAUUAGGUUUGCAGCUGGUAAGUACAUUUUGGUUCUUCAAAAUUUUAAGAAUGAUGAAACACAAACUAACCAAGAGACCAACAUCUGAAAAUGGCACCAAGCAUACCAACAUCAUGAUGAAAACGACUAAUUCACAAUUUCAAGAUAGCUAGCGAUAAAUGUCUUGAGAGUUGAACACCCUGCUCCUUACCCAUGA